CUGGACUGUAGUUACUGUAGAAGUAUGUGCUGCUGGCGGCAGUCGCUUUAAAUACAGACUGGAGAGGAGCACUCAUAGGACUUUAAAACAACAAGAGCAACAUGGCAGUGAACUCGUCAUUGCAACCCAGCCGGAUGGACAGAAGUGGUAGUUUUCUUCAGCUCGUCGAUGCGUUUGCAUUGUCACUGGGAGCACUGGAGCAGCAAAUGGUUCGUGCUGUGCAGGAAAAAGACAGAGAUCCAGACAGAGAUCCAGAUAUUUCUAUGCUCAUAGAGAUAGAGGGAGAGAUGAGUCCUGUGUGUCUACAGUAUCCUGCCGUUGAUGGGGAAGGUACAAGCAUAAGUGUGAGUGUGUUGGACAAACUGAUACACACACACCCCAUCUGGCUUCUGCUUUCCAUCGACCAGCGAGAGGCCACUGGCAUCCUUCUGCAGCAACCAGCUAGGGUGUUUUUAGUGUGGAAAUCAUCUAUCCUGCAAAAGAAGGUCCUGUCAUUCCACAUGGAUGGUACCUCAGACUCCUCUGUCAUUCACAUCCCUGUAAAGGAGAACCAGUACACAUUUUCUCUACAGGGCUCAGGAAUCAGUUUUGCUGACCUCUUUCGUCUUGUGGCCUUUUAUUGUAUCAGCAGAGAUAUUCUGCCGUUUACCCUGAAGCUUCCUGAGGCCAUCCAUUCAGCAGCGACCCUGUCAGAUCUACAUGAAGUGGCCCAGCAAGGAGCAGCAUUCUGGGAAUCUUCUCUCAACAAACAACAAUGGACAAUCUCUGCCCCAAACAGUUCUCUGAUUCAGGACAGACCGCCGAUAUCUCUGCACGGCAGCUGCUCUGAUGUCUUACAGACAGAGGAUCAAACCUGCACCCCAUUUGGGAAGCUACUGACCAACACCUGCCCCGAUACCGCAGAAGGUGAAAGGAGUUGCUCCAGCAGUGCUUUGUCUUUUAUCAACCCUGUCUUUCUCAAGACACAGCAAGAUGUCACUGGAACUUCAGAAACAGUGAUCGCAAAGGACCCAACAGCAGAAAACGGAAAAUCUCAUCCCCCUCCUCCACCAAGACCACCUCCUCCUCGCAUUUUGGUUCGUACCCCUACUUCACCUUCAGGUCCGAGGACUAUGCCUUUGAGUGCUGGCAUUACUAGAACGAGUCGGAGACACAAUCCUCCACCACGACCUCCACAACCUCCAGACAUCGACAGCUACCGCUGCACCAUUGCAUUAGAUGACGAAACCAUCUCUAGGGCCCUUUCUCAAGCCAAUACGACUCCUUUAAACCCGACCAGCAGCACCAUCCUGCAGCAAUGGACCGGAACCGAAGAGAAAGGGCGAAGCUCAAGUGGCCGAAGCUUGUCUACAUCCUCAUCGGACUCUUUGGAUUCUCCUCCGCAUCCUCUCCCAUUGGGACUAUCCCAAAGUGUUGGCAAAGGCCCCUCCACGGAUGACAGCAGUGAUGAGUAUGAGGACGAGGAGGACAACUACGGUGUGGGACUUGAAAGGGAUCUGCAUCUACGCCUUCAUGCUUCCCGCAUGUCAAAGAAACUACUGUCGGUCGAACUAGUGGGGGCUCGACCGAGAUCGCUUGUUAUCCCACGAGCACUAAGGGGACACUUCCGUAAGGUCCAAGGUGUUUUCAGUGUACUGGCUACGCCUGAAAAGCGCAUCUUGCUUCGGAUCAUUGAGUUGUCCCAAGACAAAACUUCUUACUUUGGGUGCCUGGUGCAGGACUAUGUGAGCUUUGUGCAGGAGAAUAAAAACUGCCACUCGUCCAGCCAGGAUCUUCUGCAGACACUCCGGCAGUUCAUGACCCAGAUGAAGGCUUACCUCAAACAGAGCUCGGAAAUGAACCCACCUAUAGAGUCUUACAUACCCGAGGACCAGAUAGAUCCAAUGUUGGAGAAGGCCAUGCAUAAGUGUGUGCUGAAACCUCUGUACGGCUGCUUGCAGUCGGUGCUGCAUGACUUCCAGGUGGCAGGUGCCGUGUGUCAGAGGCUGCAGGAGAAUCUGGCCCUGGCAAAGGCCAAACAGCCUCACGAGCUGGGAGUGAACGGAACCCGGCCUCCAGACGCCCACGCCAUCCACAGGAUCCGCCAUUUGGACAACUUUAAAGAUCCAAUGUUGGAGAAGGCCAUGCAUAAGUGUGUGCUGAAACCUCUGUACGGCUGCUUGCAGUCGGUGCUGCAUGACUUCCAGGUGGCAGGUGCCGUGUGUCAGAGGCUGCAGGAGAAUCUGGCCCUGGCAAAGGCCAAACAGCCUCACGAGCUGGGAGUGAACGGAACCCGGCCUCCAGACGCCCACGCCAUCCACAGGAUCCGCCGAAAACUCAGAGCCAUGUGCCACAUGUACUCACCUGAGAGGAAGAUUAUGGUGCUGUUAAAAGUCUGCAAACUCAUCUACAAUAUUAUGCAAGACCAUGAAGUGCGGAUGUUUGGAGCGGAUGAUUUCCUGCCCAUGUUGACAUAUGUGUUGGUCCAGUGUGACAUGCCUCAGUUGGACACUGAGAUCCUGUUUAUGAUGGAGCUGAUAGAUCCCCCAUUACUGCAUGGAGAAGGAGGAUAUUACCUCACCAGUGCAUAUGGAGCAAUGUCACUGAUUAAGAACUUCCAGGAAGAGCAGGCUGCUCGAGUACUCAGCUCUACAACACGCGACACACUCCACCAGUGGCACCAGCGUCGCACACUGCAGAGAGACCUGCCCUCAGUGGACGACUUCCAGAACUACAUGCGAGUGGCCCUGCAGAAGGCAGAUAGCGGCUGCACGGCUAAAACCCUUCAGGUGCGGCCCUACGCCACGACAGAAGAGGUGUGUCGUCUUUGUGCGCUCAAAUUCCGCGUGUCUGAUCCAGAAAACUACGGCCUGUUUCUUUACACGGACGAGAGCAGCCAGCAGUUGGCCACAGACACACACCCACAGUGGAUAAAGGCAGAGUUACACAGUCAACCGAAGCGUCAACACUUUUACUUUGUCUACAAGUCGAUACCCAGCAUGAACUGCUCCACUCCUUUGUCUUGAAAGCAGGACGUUUCCUGAACACUCAAUAGACGGAAAGUGUUUAAUGAGGGUGUGACUUUAAGGAAUGUGUAUAAAGAUCGGGAAAUGAAAAGGUCUCAUGGACAGAGUGGCUCAAAAAAGAAUCCUUUAAUUGGCACUUUACAUGAAUAAAGUACAUUUGGGUUGUUAAAAUUAGUAGUUUCAUUUAUAAAUAAAACUUGUAUUUCCCAAAAUUUAAGAAGAAUAUUAGAGUAAGACUUUGCAAUAAGUUUCCAUUUGUUAACAUUAGUA